GAUGAGGAUGCGCGCGUCAGCUUAGGGAGUAAGAAAAACGUGCGGAGUAGAUCCCAUUACUGUAGUACGUAGUGUAGUUUCUUCUUUUUCUUGACAGCAUGCGUAAUUUUGAAUGCGCAAUGGAAUGGUGGGGAUAGGAAACACGAUGUCAAAGAGAUCGGAAAAUUCGACAUCUCGGAGGGAAAUUUAAAGAAACUCCAUUGUGCACACAUAUUUACAUACAUAUUGCAAUGUAACUCACUAUACUAAAACCUACUUGUAUGUAGCACUGUACGCAAAACAAGAGUCACUGAACGUUUGUAACAUGUGUGCGUAACAUAUACAUACACACUUGUGUAUAUGGGAAUCGAUUGGAUCAGUCAUCCUGAACGGCGGUAAUUUGCCUACCGUUCAAGAGUGCCGUGUUAAGAUAACCUCCGAUGGAUAGCAUAAAACCGGCAGAAAAUGUUUCGAGGUCUAUUAAAACUAUUUGCCCGUCGGCUGAAGAGCUCAGCGUAAUCACAAACAACAUCAAGUGUGUAAAAUGUGGACUUGUAUUUCAAAACGAGCCACGAUAUCGAUUACAUGACCUUAAGGUGCAUCAGCGUAAAAAUUUAGAUAAAAUAAUCAAAGAAAGUGUACAAUAUCGUUGUCCUGUUGAGUCCUGCAUUUAUGCGCCGAAUGCCGAAAGAUAUUUUACUAGCAUGAAGUAUCUUAAACAGCAUUACCUUAAAGUACAUGCAAAAAAAAUGUAUGCUUGUACUCGUUGCGAAAAAAGCUUUUCCACUGAAGCAGCUAAAGAGGGUCACAUGAGAGUAUGUGGAAUCGAAUUCACAUGUUCUUGCUCUAAAAUUUACACUUCUUAUGAAGCUUUACUCACACAUGCAAAACGAUCCUUGCACACCAUAAAUGACAAAUAUAAAAAUUCAUCUAGACGUACAAAUUCGAAAGCAGUUCGUUCGAUCCUACAAAUUAAUCCAACUGGUAUAAAUAAGCUAAUUACAAUCCUACCAACAAAUCAAAAUGAGAAUAAAGUAUCCAACAAUAAUAAUGAAUCCAAGCAGAAAAGUACUAUGGAUAUUGGUGUACAAACAGAUGAGUAUAAGAGAAAUAAAAGACUAUUGAGUCCAUUAAAACAUAUCAACAGUAGCUAUCAUCAGAAUGGAAAACGUGGUGUAUCUAAACAGACGCAGACAAGUAUUUCUCCAAAAAUUCGACAAAAUGUUAUGUCCAUGGAGACACAGACCACAGAAGCUUCAAGAGUGUUUAAGAGUUCACUGAAGAUUCAGAAGCGUAAAAAGACCUCUGUAUCACAGAAUUCUGAUUAUACACUGUUGAAGGAAGAUCUGAAUCUGGAAAAUUUUACAUCUCCAAACUUGUUCCCUAGUAGUCCAUUGCCACUUCGUCAUGAUGUUGGUUUGCAAGAUUUUUGGGAAGAAAAGAGUACCUCAGGUACUCAAACGAUACCUGAAAAAGACAUGUUUGAAGUUUUAAAUGACAAUGUAACUCAAACAGAAUUUGAGACAUUCUACGAGCAUAGUACAAAUCCACUAAUACAGUGUGUUCCAAAGAGUACAGUCGCUCUAAUGACAUUACCUUAUGCAGAAGACACAUCCACGACUGUUGAAGGCUAUUCAUUUGUAUCUUCGAAUAGUAUAUCAAGAUCAGAUCCAAUGCUUAUAGAUAAAACUUUUGACGAUAAGUUCAGCAGUAUAGAGACUCAGACUGAACAAGAUUACUCACAAUCGUUUUUUGAUUCAGAUACCUUAACUAGAUCGUUUGCAUUAAGUUCUAACAUUGAAACACAAACAACAAACAAUUUAGACAAUAUGGAACAAUUGUUGUAUAGUAAUACAUGCACACAGACAUGUAAUGAAAUACUACCAUCUGAUUUAGGAUUGUCUAAUAUUCAGACGCAAACAGCGUGGACUCAACUUGAGGAUACUACUGUUUCUACAGAAACGCAAACAAAAUCAUUGAUAUGUGAAACUGGAUGCAACAUUUCAAUGGGCGCAUGUCGCUCCUGGUUAAGUACACAAACUAGUCAUACUGAAACACAAACUGACUUACUUAGUAUUUUUGAAGGUCUUCAAUAAUGAGGUAUUAAUUUCAUUUUUUUAUUAUACUGAACAACAGUAUAAUAAAUAAUAUUUAUGAAAAA